AUGAGCGCUCCCAACACACGCUCUGAGUGGGACUCGAAGCUCAAGCACGCACAAGAUCAAGCACAACGAGCCACCAAAGCUGAGCUCGCUCGCAACUACGCCGAGGCAUUCCAGCUUUACGUUAGGGCCGGUCAGCUCUUUGUUUGGCUUCUCGGUAACUUUCCCACUUCUAACGGCUCUCGCAGCGCUGGAUCACCUAGAGUAGAAGCGGAGAGCUCGACCAGCGAUGCUCUCUUUGGCGCGGCAACGCCUGCACAGACGCGCGAGCGUCUCAAGCAGAUGGCCACCAAGGUGAUGGCCAGAGCCGAAAAGAUCAAGUCAACACGCAAAGAUCUCCGCCCUGUUGAACGAGACGCGCUUAGUCAAGAAGAGCAGUCGAGCAUCUUGGUGGCAUCCUCGCUCGUCAAUGGGCAGCGUUACCCGGUCUGGACGCCGCCAACCUCAUCUGCAACGGCACACACCACAUCCCAGAUCACUCAGCCUGCCUUGUCACCGGGGCAGCUCCGGAGGCGCGCAAUCUACAAGCGCGCCUCCCUAAUCAGCUCGGAUACCUUCGACAAGCGGCUCAGAGGCAGCGAUAUUGUGCAGGACAUUGUCACCGACUGUUCCUUUGUCGCUGCUCUCGAGGUGGCUGCAGAGUACGAUCGUCGCUGUGGUGGACACCUUGCUACUUCCGCAUUAUACCCGCAAGACUCUCAAGGUCGCAUUCUACCAAGCCAGGACGGUCAAUAUCGAGUCAAGCUGCAUAUCAACGGCGCGCCUCGUACGGUCUUGAUUGACGACUAUCUGCCUCACUAUCCAUCAGCACCGGCCGAAAAGACUGACACAUCCAAGGCCGAUGCAUCUCAACCUCAGACGGAAUGCCUGAUGUGCGCCACCUCCCGCACAGGCCAAGCGAUAUGGCCUGCUCUGCUCGAGAAAGCCUAUCUCAAGGUCAUGGGUGGCUAUGACUUUGUCGGUUCUAACGGUAGCAUCGAUCUUUACGCUCUUACCGGGUGGCUACCAGAACAUAUCUUUCUCCGCCACGCAGGAUUUCAACGCGAGAAGACAUGGCAUCGCUUCCUCUCGGCAUGGCGGGCUGGUAAGUGUAUGGCUACGGUUGGUACAGGCAAGGCACCAGCACCGUCAGGUGGAACGGACAAGGAUGUGCGUCAAGAAGACCAAGGCCUGUCUACCAUCACGCUGGAGUCAGGGCUAAUCUCUAGUCACAACUAUGCCAUCUUGGAUGUGCUUGAAUGCAACAGCCGUCGUUACCUCAAGCUGAUGAAUCCAUGGCGAACUGCAGCAGGCGUCCGACCUGCCAUCGCCAUUCCAGAGUACGAGGAGAAGCGCAUCUACGCAGAGUCUUCCAGUGAGACGCUCAACGCUCAGCUCGAGAGCCUGAGCCUGGACGCGAAGGACGCACAAGAUGCAAUGUCACCGACCUUCACUGUCACUUGGGACGACCUCUGCAGCCACUUUGAUUCGCUCUUCCUCAACUGGGAUCCGAAGCUGUUCGACAACAACGUCACUGUUCAUUCAAGCUGGCGGGGAAGUAGCGCAUCUUCAGCAUCAACACCGGGCUUCAAGCAGCCAGAUCCGCAUUUCCGACUGACAGUUACCGUACCAGCGAAUCAGCAGAGCCAUUCGGAGCCAUCAAAUGACCCUGCUGCAGAGGUCUGGCUGCUCCUCAACCGACACAUCACCAAUACAAGACCGUCAGAUCACAGUUCCGGAGAGCAGCUCGAGGUCUCCACUAAGGCUUCAGCUGAGUACAUUGCGCUACACGUCUUCGAAGAUGACCAGCAUGCAUCGCAGGGCGGAAACCCGUCGGCCAUUUCGGCACUUCCACUGAGGAAAGCCAAGCAUAUGGGAGCGUAUGUCGACGGUACACAUUGUCUUGUUCGGCUAAAGCCAUCUUCACUUUCGCGCCAGAAGGCGGAUCCUCAAUCAGGCGGCCAGCAACAGCAGCAACGACGGAGCUUCACCGUCGUCGUCUCGCGUCGUGAUGAAAGGGACUCCUUGCAGAAGCCAACAUCGGCCGGCACUAAUGCAGACCAGAAAGGAAAUAAGGACGUCAACUACACCCUUUCGGUCUUGUCGCGAUAUCAAAUGGAGCUCUCUGAGCUACGUACUCGCUUGCCCUUCUGCGAAACCAUCUCUGGAUCAUGGACUACACGAUCUGCAGGUGGGAAUGCAACCUUAGCCUCUUUCCUUUGCAAUCCUCAGUACACCCUUCUCGUCCCACCUGAAGGGGGUGAAGUGCAGGUGCAGCUUGUGCUGGAGUCAGCCGAUCGUCGCAUUCCAGUCCAAGUGCUCCUCACAUACCCUGGUCCAGGUUCAGGCAGAGUCACCCACCUCACCCAAGGAGACGUCGUACUCAGCAGUGGAAUGUAUCAUCACGGCCUAGCUUUGUGUUCAACCUCACGCCCAGGCAGCGCAAACACGGGCCUCCGACCGGGAACAUACACCCUCAUCGCAUCGACCUUUGAAGCAGACACGCACACCGACUUUCAACUUGGCGUCGAAUCCACCCGCCCGCUCACACUCAAACCCAUCGCACAGGAAGGCGCUGGAAUGUUCCAUCGCCGUCUAACAUCUUGCUGGCGGCGCGGAGUCAGUGCGUUCGGAUCGCCGGCAAACAGAGACUACUUGGGCAAUCCUUCAUGGCGACUCACUAUCGAGCGUCCCGGUUUGAACAGCUUAGUAGGCCGCAUCAGAUCCUCAACAAGCGGUGUUCGUCCCUACAUCAACCUCGCCCUCUUUUCAGAGACGAGAGAGGGGUUGAAAGAAGUAGCAAGCAGUGGAAGCUACACCGACUUGGCAUGCGGAGCGGCUAUGGACUCUGUCAAAUUGCAACCUGGUGUUUAUAGGGUCGUCGCUUCCACCUAUCAACCCGAAACAGAAGCCGAAUUCAGUGUAGAUCUGUAUACUGCUGCAAAGAUCGAUGUUUCUCCUCUCUAG